AUGCAUGGGAUGGCUGCUGGCAGAAACAGCUGAGUGAAUGACAACAACAUCAUGGCAUCCUCGACGCUGUGGACAAGUUUAACGAGAAAUAUUGUCUCUGUUAAUGUUAGAUCUGUUUCAUCAUGCGGGUCAAGAUGUUAUGUCAGUGUAUCACAGCGGGGAACUCCGACAGUACCUGCCAGGAUCACCAGAGUGGAGCAGCAGCAUAUUAUGUGUGCACCUUCACUGCCAAUUGUACAGUUCACCAGAAACACAACAAGCUUCUUCAAUAAAUUAUCCGCUGCACAGUUAUGGAAAGGCGUGACAAGGUGUGAGCAACGAAAGAAGCGAGCCAGGAAGGGUGUUGGCAAGAGAAGAGCCAAAGAUUUGAAUAGGGGUCAAAUAAUUGGUGUUGGAAAGGUGAAUAUGGUGUGGCCUGGCUUGAAUGCUCCAGUAUUACGUGGGAAAGAACUAAUUCAACAAAAAGACCCUCUUGAGAGAGGUUGGUCUGGCACUAAAAUGCCUGGGAGGAGUAUUGGCAUCCCAGAUCCCAUCGGAGAAGAUACUUUUGAAGGAUUUGAUACAAAAGUGCUUGAGUUGAAAGUUGUGACCUGCAUGACCGCCAUCUUAGAGAAACGACGAAUGAGCAUAUUUGUCGUUACUGGAAAUGGCAACGGUUUAGGUGGGUUUGCCCUCGCUAAAGCUACAACUGUGCCAGAUGCUAUUAGGAAAGUGAAGAAUAUGGCAGGACAAAGACUUCUCUACAUUGAGCGUUACAAUGAACACACUGUCCUCCAUGACUUCUUCACUCAAUUUGGCAAAACAAAAAUAUUUGUCAAAAAGGUGCCUGAGGGUCAUGGGUUAGUGUGUCACCGAGCCAUCCGCACCAUAUGUGAAGUCAUUGGAAUCAAGGACAUUCAUGCUAAGGUUGAAGGUCCCAGCAAUAUUCAGAACCUCACCAAGGCAUUUUUUUUAGGACUCAUUAACCAGAAAACACAUCAGAAAUUAGCAGAUGAGAAGCAGCUGCAUCUAGUUGAGUUCCGUGAUGAGACCCUCAACUUUCCCAAAGUGAUCGCGUCACCUCAGUCAAGCAAGGUUCGCACUGCAGAUGAAAUACCCAAUACCGAAGAACUGGAUUUCGGUCGUCAUGUAAUGUGUGGCAGGGUACAGUUAAAGAAAAAGAAAUGCACCUUAUGAGUCAUUGCCAAGCUAUGACAUAUAUCUGAAGAAAUCGCU